AAAUAUUAAAGUACUUGUAAUUAAACUAAAAAUGUCAUCAUAUUUUUAACCCAUGUUAGAUUUUUAUUUAUAUUUAUAAGCAUCAGUUAUUGAAAAUAAAAAUAUAAACAUUUUUUUGCCUGGAUAAAAAAGUCCUUUAAAAAACUUCUAUACUUUGUUAUGUACAUUUAUGCAACUUUGGAUUUUUAUGAUUCUUGUAUUUUUUCUUUCUAGGUAGUAAAAAAAUAAAACUCACCAUUUCAAUUUGAGGUGUUAUGGAUCAAUUUGUGUUAAUAGACCUUCUCAUGAAAGUCAGACAGAGUUUUGGGAGGUAGUAGCGAUACUAAAGAGUUUUUAUUUCUUGAUAAAAUUUAAGGAAUACCUAACCAAAAUGUAUCCAAAAGUUUCUCCAAUUGAAGGUGAACAAUCAUCACCUUUGGGUGAAUGUUCAAAAAGAAAAAGAAAACAUAGUAGCAAUGAUAAAGAUGAAAUUGACAAGACAAAUCAAGUUAAACGGAAAAGAAAAAAAGGAAAUGAAGUGAUUGUUCCUGAUAUUAUUCAUGAAUUAAAAGAAGACCUUGAUCGGGAAUUGGAUAUAAAAGCUCAAAGGAAUAAUUUAACCGCAACUAAUGUCAAAAAUAUGAUAAAAGCCGUUAUAACUGAUAGUGAAGUGCUUAAAAUGAUAGACUAUUCCUUGGAUAAAUCUACAGAAAGGCCAGUUUAUGAUCUAAAAUUAACUCGUGCCAAGACUAAAGAACUUAUUGGGCUGGAUCAGAAUGCCAUAUGGAAUAUACCUUUUACCCAAAAAAAAUUUGAUAUAGAAGCAUUGAUUAAUCAAGUGAUGUCUGAAGAUUCAUCUGAUGAAGAAUAUGAACCACAAGAAGAUAGUGAUGAAGAUACAAAAGCUAGUGAGAAUACAGUAGAUGAAGAAUCUAUUCUGGAUGAUGAUUAUUCUGAAUGUGAAUCUCCUGUUAAGGAAAUUAUUCAAGGGUCUUCAAACGAAUAUAAUUCAGAUGAGAACAUUUGGCAACGUACACGCUCCAAAUUGUGUUUAAGUGAAACUCCUUUAGGAGCAAUUGAACAAGCAUUUGUUCCACCAGAUAUUACUACUGAUAUGUAUAACACUCACUGUGAUAAUCAAGAUUGGUUGAAUUUCUUAAAAGAAACCUAUUAUGAUGGCGAUCAGUUGGAAAAUAAUGAUGAUGAAAAUGAUCCUGAAUAUAAUGUUAUGGUGGAUGAAGAAACUGAAGGAAUUGAUUCUGAGGAAUUGAGGAUGGACAGGGCUGUUAAAGUAACAAAAAAAGAAUUAAAUGAGCUCAUGUCUGAAUUAUUUGAAUAUACAGAAAUGCUCUCUUCAGAUGAAGAAGAAGAAACUAGAGAUGAUGAUGCAAUUACAUCAAAAUCUUUAGAUGAUGUUGAAACUCCCUCGACAUCUUCAAAUACCCCUGUAUCGUUGAAUGGGGUGGAAGCUGAAGAUGAAAAAUGGGAUAUUUGUAACAGUGAAUAUUGCCAAUUUACUGAAAAACAGAAUUGUCUCUUACAACAGCAACUUCAACAACAUGUACAAUUGCUUCUUCAAAGCUUUUUACUUUCUUUUAAACAUCCAUCUCUACCUGAUAGUUAUGCUUCAGAAUGUAGAAAACGUAUCAUGGAAUUAAAAAUUUUCAAAAGCAAUGCACCUGUUGUUGGAAAUUAUAACAUUAUUAAUUUGGAACCCUCUAUACAGUUGAUGAAUAAAUGGGUAGAAUAUUUAGAUAAUCAGGAGAAUUUGACUUCCAUGCAAAGGUUCAUGGAAGUUCAAUUUCAAAAAGUUGUUGAAUACAGAAAAAAGAAAACUGUUUAUCUUCCUGCAUUACAUCCAAAACUUAUUGAACUCUGUUUAUCAAGUUGUGCCUUUAUGCAUCCUUUGUAUCUUCCUAACGGUGGUUUUACUGGUUCAUGUUCUCUUUCGAAAGGAUUUUCAGUUUAUGAGGAUCAGCUCCUAGCAAUGGGAAUGGAGGAGUUCAGUAAUUUAUUAGGAUUACUUCCUGACAAUAAAGAAAAUUUACGCAAAAUUGUUGAACUCAUUUGUUAUUAUUUAGUUACUGCAAAGCCAAUGUCACGUGUUAUGGAUCAUAUCAAGUCGUCUAGAAAAUCAUCUAAAAAUAAUCCAAUUAAGGAAUAUUUUGAAAAAUAUAAGGCUCCUGAUGUACAGCACUUUGUUAUUAUUCAACAGAAUUUAAAAAAAUUAAGAGAAUAUCCAAUGGAUUAUUUUCCGCAAGCAUGGGAAAAGUAUUUUCUAAGUGUUAGCAAUUAAUUAUGUAGUUGUUAUUAAAUGUUAUAUGUACGUUUUUUCUAUGAAAGGAAUAACAAAAUUUAUGAAUAGGGAUAGGAUUUUUAUGUAUUAAAGAAGUCAAAAUAUGUACAUAAAUAUGCAUUUAUCUCGCUGGAGCUUUCAAAAAUAUUUUUUUCACAGUAGAAAUUAAUGCGCCAACGUUUGGAAAAUUUGUCCUUAUUGUUUCAGCGAUUCGAUGUAACGCAUGCGCUAAACAAGUAGAAUGAAUCAUUUUGUGGUAGAAAACAUUUAAUGUGAUUCCUGCCUUUACCAUGUAUGGUGCCGCAUCUGAUAAAAAUAACAAAACUUUGUCACUUUUAGAACUAUCAUUCCAGAGAAGACCGAUCGAAUCAUUAAAGAAUCGCGAGAUGGUAGCGUGGAUGCACUUAUCUAGAAAUUCACAAUUAAGUAAAAAUCCGUUUGUCGGAUGUUCGGCAAGUUUUCCUACGAUCAUAUUGACUAAAUAUCUUCCCUGAAUGUCCGUCGUCAUGUCAAUCGCAACCAAAAUGGAUCCAUUUCCAAUUGAUGAUUUUAUUUUUUCCAUUGUUUCAUUGUAUAUUUCUCUGACAUAAUUUUUGCGUAGAGUAGUUUCAUCCGCCAUUUCAUGGCCAAUAUGCUUCUCAAGACACUCUUUAAAAGCCGGAUUGUUAAUUUUAUGAAGAGGAAUAUCAGCUCUUAAAAGGGCUCGGCUUAGGUCUAAAUUAAACGUGUUCUUACUCCUACUUGGUGAAUCAGUCAAAAAACUUUGCUUUUUAAGCAUACUUAUCUUUUUAUUCUCCACGUGUUUGGCCAUUUUGAGGUGUUGAACGAGAGAUCUUUGAUCAGUUGAAACAUUUUUUUCACAACACAAGCAAGUUCCUCCAUUGUGUUUAAAAGGUUCAUCGGGAAACUCCGUUGCAUACUUCGCGGCUAAACUUUUUUUUGUCUUUUUGACUUUCGGCAUGAUUGUUACUGGUUGGAUUCGCAUUAACAACUGAGGUUUGAGACAAAUAUGAACAAGAAUAGGCAACAAACAUUACUAAGGAAUCGGAGGAUUCUAAGAAUCCUUAAGCAGUUCAAAACUCUCCCCUAAUUUUCCAUGAAAGUGAACAUGAUGUCCGGAAGUCCUAUUUCCAGAAACGCGUGUUAGGAGGUUAUCACAAUAACUUCUUUUAGGAAGUUAAAAAAUUGAAAAUUCUCUUAGAGUAAAAUAUAAACAAAAUUAUGUAAUUUUAUGAAAAUAUUUAAAUACAACCAAAUAUGUAAAAUAAAAAUGGUCUAAAAUGGUUGAAAUAGUUGCAGAUGUUAAGAAAGCAUAAAAUACCAUCUAUAGUCCUCAGAAAAAAAUAUGUGAAAACAUAAAAGUCCUAUCCCUUGUUACGAAUUAUAACCAAUAAAGCAAGAAAUAAGAGCUAUAGAAAGGAACAAUAAUAUGAUCUAAUUUUCAAUGGAUAUUAAGAAUCAUUUUAACUUAAGUGAAUUACUGUUAAGGGAAAAUUAAUUUUACAUAAAUUAUGAUUGACUGAAAACAGUUACUACAUAUUACCCAAAGAUAUUAUACUAUAUUAAAAUUAUGCAUAAAUAUUAUUUUUAUUGUUACUUGACAUUUUAUUUUUUUUAACUUGUUAAUGAUAUGAAUAUUAUUGGUCUACGUUAAAUCUUGAUGCUUUGGUUGUGUUGAAGAAGGAUACACACAAUAAAUAAAUGGCAGGAGUUCUAAAUUGCUUCAUUAUUCCAGACAACUCAUCAUGAUGAAAGCCUACAACUUAAGUUGAAUCUUUGGCACACAAUUAAGAUAUAUCAUAAUAUAUAUUAUUUUUUCUUGACCCCCAACUCCAACCAUUUCCAUUUUAAGUUUGAUUUAAACAUAAAAUAUAAUUUAGGAAAACACCUUUUUUCCCCCCACAAUUCAAUAAGAGGCUAAUAUACGUCUCAAUAGUAAUGAACAAUUUAAAGUUAUUGCAAGGGUUAUUUACAAAUCGGUUUGUUUUCUGGAGUAUUUAUCUAGAUAAUAAAAAUGCUUACAAUUUUACUGGUAACAAAAUAUUUUUUGAAGAUUUUUGUAUUGUAUUAUUACUACUUUAGUGCAACAGGUUGUUAAAACAUAUUAUGAAAUGUUUUUAAUCAAAUUACCAUAAAUUUUCAUAAAACGGUGGAACAAUUCUAAAUUUAUUUACCACAGGGUCCAAUGACUACUGUAAUGAUGAGGUACAGAAUAUAUUCAGUGCUUCCUUCCAGUAACUUCUAAUUAAAUUUGGUUGAAUUGUAAGAAGCAAAUAUCUACAAAUGCUUAUAAGGUUAAGUGUAACAAUUUAAGUAUUAAAUUCUUUACUAUAAGUUUAAAAGUUCCACGAAAUUUAUUAAUAUGGUAAUAACUAUAUUUUUCAAAAUAUUAUUGGAUUGACUUAUAAUACAGUUUAACCUUCAUAUAUCAAACUCCCAUACUUCAAAAACCUUUAUUAAAUAUUUUUAUGAACCUUGAAUUUUUAUUAGAAAAAAUAUUUACGUAUAUCAAAUAAAAUUUAUUUAUAUUGAGCAAUAAGUCAUAUUUAAUAUGUUAUUGUCAUUUAAAAAUGUUUUACUGUUUCACCUAGCAUCAGAAAUUACAGAGAAGGCCUUGUUUAAAAAGAAGCCAUUGCUGUGGGUACUGUAACUGUGGGUAUAGAAGUUGGAUUCUUUGAAUCUCUUACUGAACAUGUAAGAUUUUCAUUUUAAAUUCAGUUUAACUUCAUUUUUCUUGUUGUGAAUAUGACUCCUAAACCAAAAUCAUUAUGUGUGAAAAAAAAGUUUGAUUUAGUAAAAUAUUUAAAAAUUGAGAUAAAAAUAAAGAUAUAUUAGGUUAUUAAAGCACGAUUGUAAUUUUUGCAAAAGAUUGAAAACAAUUUAAAUUCUUAAGUUUGGUAAAAUUAAUAAAUCAUUGCUGAAAUAUAAUGCAUGUAAUCCCCCUAACAAUUAUAUUUGAUACUUCUUUAACCCUAAAAAAUAACUGUAAUUGUUUUUGGAAGAGAAAAUGAAAAAUAUUUAUCUUUCUAGAUCCAAGAAUUUCUUUUCAAGGAACCCCCAUGUUUGAUAUAUUGAGGUUUGAUUGUAUUUGCUAAAUUUAUUGACUUGUGAGUAUGAAUAAUUAAAAGCCAGGAAAACAAAAUAUAUGCCGUAAAACAAUGCCACUGCCAUAUAUAUUGGCAAGUUUUUAAGAGUAAAAAUGGUAAUCUGGCAGUUAUAGACUUAUAGAAAGAUCAUUCAAUCAUCAUUAUCAUAAUAUGUUUCCUUUUUACCACUUAAGCAGUGUCAGAUCAUUCAAACUGUAAAUAAUUUUAACUUUUAUUUUAUAUAUAUGUAUAUAUAUAUAUAUA